AUGCUGGACAUCGAGAAAAAGUUGAACCUGGUGGUCUCCAUCACCAAUGCUGACAUCGAGUCACUCAACAGAGACCAUGUGAUCACCACCGUUUUGUCUCCACAUACUGGAAAAGUGGUCGAGAUUACCGGCGAUGUUGACGAGGCCAUGAAGUUUGCACUUGAAGGAGAAAAAGUGACUCUCGACGAAGAGACUGACAGAAAGUUGUUGAGAAAGAUCGAUCUCUAUGUUCUUCCUUUGAUCUGUAUCUUGUAUGCUACCCAAUUCAUGGAUAAGUUGUCCAACUCAUACGCAGCCAUCUUGGGGUUGAGAAAGGAUUUGCACAUGGUGGGAGAUAUGUACUCAUGGACCGGCUCAGCUUUCUACCUUGGAUACUUAGCCUUCGAAUUUCCUGCUGCCAUCUCUCUUCAGAGAUUUCCAGUGGUGAAUACCGUGGCUAUUUACAUUAUCAUUUGGGGUGUGAUUCUUUGCUUACACUCUGUACCUGGGUAUGAAGGCUUUAUUGCUUUGAGAACGAUUUUGGGUGCUUUUGAAAGUGCCGUGACUCCUGCUUUCGUGAUUGUUACCGCCCAGUGGUACAAGAAGGAAGAAGUUUUCCUUAGAACUGCCAUUUGGUUUUCUUUCAAUGGAGUUGGUCAAAUAUUGGGUCCUGGUGCUAUUGCCUACAAUCUCUACAAGCACCAAGACAGCUACUCAAUGGAUGCAUGGAAACUUAUUUUCAUUAUUACUGGCUGUAUCACCAUCGUUCUUGGUUUUGCCAUUUUCUUCCACCUUCCUAACAACCCCACUGAAGCUUGGUUCUUGACUGAACACGAAAAGAAGUUGGUUGUGGAGAGAAUCAGAGGAAAUCAACAGGGUUUCGGAAACAAGCACUUCAAGAAGAAGCAGUUUAUCGAAGCUUUGACCGAUAUGAAAACCUGGCUCUUCUUUUUGGUCGCAUUGGCCACAGACAUUCCUAAUGGUGGUAUCACCAAUUUUGGAACAAUCUUGUUGAAUGAAUCCUUGGGCUAUACUGUGCUGAAGACUCUUUUGAUGUCGAUGGUCACUGGUGCUUGUGAGGUGGUUGGCUGUAUCAGCUUUGCCUAUUGUUACCGGUUCUACCCAGUAAGAAUGUUCUGGGCUACCUUGGUAAGUUGCCUCAGUGUGAUGAACCUCUGCUUUUUAGCAUUCAGCAGCAACCAUAAGUUGCAGAUGGCUGGCUACACCAUGUAUGGAUACUCCCCAGUGUUGUUCAUUUGUAUCUUGUCUUCUGUGGCAUCCAACAUUGCUGGUCACACCAAGAAGGUCACUGUCAAUGCCAUUUUCCUUAUUGGUUAUUGUGUGGGUAACUUGAUCGGGCCUCAAACCUUUGUUGCCAAACAAGCACCUAAUUAUGCUGGUGCCAAGGCUGCUAUGGUUGCCUGUGGUAUUGUGGCCACGCUUGCCAUGAUUGCGAUUUGGAUCUUGUAUGUUAAAGAGAACAAAAAAAGAGAUGCAGAGUCAGACGAACAGAAGCUUGUUUUUGAGGCCAUCGAGAACCACGAGUUCGCUGACUUAACAGACAAGGAGAACCCAUUGUUCAGAUAUACUGUGUAA